AUGGGACGAAGGUACGUACACGCCAAGGGACGAAGGAACAUACUCGCCAAUGGGCAAAGGUACAUUCACGCCAAGGGACAAAGGUACGUACACGCCAAGGGACGAAGGAACCAAUCGGCGGCGGGUUUCUGUUUGUUGCUAAUGGCGGUGUACUGGGCCACGGAGGCGUUUCCGAUCGCCGUCACCGCCCUUCUUCCGGUUUUGAUAUUUCCACUCACAGGUGUCAUGACAGGCAAAAAGGUCUCAUCUGCAUAUAUUAACGACUCAUCGAUGUUGUUUGUUGGUGGGUUGAUCAUGGCGGUGGCGGUGGAGCACUGGAACAUUCAUAAGCGGAUCGCCCUCAAAUUGCUCCUCGUCAUUGGAACCCAGCCAACCAGGUUGAUGGUCGGGAUGAUGCUGCCUAGCUGGUUCCUGUCCAUGUGGACGUCCAACAUCGCAACGACGGCUAUGAUGACGCCAAUCGCCGACGCUCUGCUGCACGAGCUAGCCAAGGAAAGUGACGACAACCCGCUACACACCAGUGAGGAGGAGCACUCCCUGCAGCCGCCCAACAAUCUCAGCCUGGUGGAGGCCCAGGUGGACACGGAGCUCGUCAUCCAUGCUGAAAGGCCGGACAACACAAGUUACCGCCAGACUGAGGACGAUAGCAGCGACAGUGAGAACAACCGGACCGGGAAGGCGGACAGGGAACACCGACAGCUGGCCAAGGCGAUGACCAUCAGCAUUGCGUACGCAGCCAGCAUCGGUGGCACCACCACCCUCACCGGAUGCUCCUCCAACAUCAUCCUCAAGGGACAGGCCGACCAGAUAUUCCGAGAGCGGGGCGUGGAUUCCGGACUGACGUUCAACACGUGGCUGGUGUUGGGCUUCCCCGUGUCCCUGCUCGUCUUCCUCACACUCUUCCUCUGGCUUUCACUACACUUCCGGGGAUGCAGUUGUUUCAAAAUGAGGCCAAAAUCCAUGUCGAGGGUUCGUAGCUAUAUCGAAGAAGAAUACAAGUCUCUUGGACCAGUCAGGUUCCCGGAAGUGACGGUUUUGAUGUUAUUCGGGCUACUCAUAGUCCUCUGGGUAUCACGCGACCUUGGCGGCGCCGGUGGCUGGGGAAACGCCUUUCCAAAUGGUUACGUGACAGACUCGGCGGCACCCACGUUGGUGACGGCACUGCUGUUCCUUAUCCCCGCUAACCUCCCAGACUUUUUUACUAUAAAAAAUCGACCGGUGGCGGUAAAACCUUUGCUCACGUGGCGAAGCGUCAACGACAGGCUGCCAUGGGGUUUGUUCCUGCUGUUCGGCGGAGGAUUCGCCCUCGCAGCGGCUUGCAAGACGUCAGGCCUGUCGGUGUCUAUUCGGGAGGCGCUGUCGGUUUUCCAGGAUCUUCCGGUUUGGUUGAUGUCAUUGCUCGUGGCGCUGUUGACGUCAUUUGUCACCGAAGUAGUCACAAACACUGCCACGUGCACUUUAGUUCUUCCGAUCAUAGCAGAAUUGGCGCUGAGUAUCGGCGUUAACCCUUUAUACCUGAUGAUUCCUACGGCGGUGGCGACAUCGUAUGCCUUCAUGUUGCCCGUGGCAACGCCGCCCAACGCUAUGGUGUACGUGCUGGGGUACUUCUCAAUGACAGAGAUGAUGCGGGCAGGGUUUGUGAUGAACAUUUUAUCUGUACUCAUUCUGACGCUGGGUGUGAACACGUGGGGAGCCGAGUAUUUCGGGUUAAAAGAACUUCCGACAGCCUUUACGGACCUCAUCUCCAACCAGACUACCAUCACUCCUGGCAACACCACCAUCACGUGACUUCUACCGAUGGAGUGGGAUGGAUAGGACUGCGAACUCGUAGCAUUAGCAAAGUGAAGUGUCACAGUUUACCCCCAACGUAACUGUUAAGUUGACAUUGGUGCAUGUGUAUUUCAGAUCACUCAAUACCGACACAUGGGAACACUGUAGCACAAAAUAUACUCCUCAGAAAAUGAAAGUGUUGAGAUUUGAUCAUCAGUUGCUCUGAUGUUAUUGUUGUUACA